UGUCAUUCUACCUAUACACCUUUGAUCCCCAUCCAUCACAAAUUACCGAUCUUUCCUUACUUUUAUUAUUAUUCCUACUACUACUACUACUACUACUACAGUACAGUCCAAGCCUUUUGAAUUUUCUAAAUAUAGUUCCAGGGAAUGACAUAAUGUUUAAUUCUCAGGAUUUUGGUGAAAGUAGCAAUAUUAUUGGAUCCACCCAGAGAAGUAACUCAGAGGAUGAGCAGCUCACACCUUUUUUCUCAUCACCAAAGUAAGUCAACUCUUUAUCUCUGACAAAAGGUUUGCUCGAGGGGUAAAGUUUGUCUCCUCCAUUAAUUUACCCUUAACCGUACCCCCAUGCAAACGUUUAGGAGUAUCCCAUAAAGAAUCCGACUGAUGAGUUUUCUGCAGCUUAAUUUCAUGCUGAAUAUUCUUGCUCAAGUAUUUUGAGGUUUUCUUUUUCUUAAGUCUGACAAUUACAAGUUUCUGUUUCUGUGCUUUCCUAAUUUUUUGGGUUAUCUGUUCUUUACUUGUACUUAGCAUGGAGAAACUUCUGGAGGUGAUGGUGAUCCGGACCUUUGAUCGCGUUCUAAAGCCAACAUUGGAAAUAUUGAUUCGUAAUGUUGUAAGUCAAAAUACACUUGUUUCCUCACAAUUCAAAUGUAUUGAAUCCUCCCUAGUUGAUUCUGAAGAAUGCACAUAUAUGGGAUAUCAAUCAUAGAGUGGCUUUGAGUUUUAAUUUGAUGUGAAUGGAUUUUGAUCCGCUAAUAUUUCACUUUACCUGUUAGUUUAGUCAAGUUAAAAAUUGACCAGUGGAGUUUUAAAAUUGGGAAAAUCAAGAAAUCUGACGCACAGGUGAAAUAGUUAUCUGAUGGUAGGCAGGAGAACAGCUACUAAUCUGUCACAUGAGAAUCAUCGUGUGGCAUUUUGUUUUGGAAACUCGGGUUUUCAAUUAUCAAAACAAAGGCCACCUAACACAUGAAACUGAUCUAGUGAUCAAUAUUUCCAAUCCGGUGGCUAAUUGCAGCAGAAAGUUUAUACUGCUUAAAUCUUGGGGAUUUAGCUGUUAUGACUUUGUCGUUCGUAUUCCUACAACUUCUGCUAAGUGUACUUUCUUGGUUCAGGUAAAACGCGAACUUGAAUUGGCAGAGAAGAAGGUUUUGUUCGCCAAGGGAAACCCUGAAAAAGAUAUUCAAGCUCCUAAACCAAGAAACUUGAAAUUGAAGUUCUCUACAAAAGUAUCUGUUCCUGUACUUACCGGAGUGGAAAUUAAAGGAGAUGGAGGUAAUUCUAUUGAAGUGACUCUAGUUGAUGAUAACACUGGAGCAAUUGUUGACUCUGGACCAGAAGCCUCAGCUAAAGUGGAAAUAGUUGUUCUUAAGGGAGAAUUUGGAGAUGAUGAUGGAGGUAAUUGGACAGCUGAAGAGUUCUGUAGGAAUAUUGUGCGAGAGAGGGAAGGAAAAAUGUCUCUUCUUGCAGAAACUGUACAUGUGAGACUUAAUAAAGGCAUUGGUUCUAUAGAUAAAAUCAGAUUUACACAUUCUUCAAUCUACAUGAGGACGGGGAUGUUCAGGCUAGGUGCACGAGUUGUUGACACUUUCAAUGGUCAAGUAAAAGAAGCAAGGACUGAAUCUUUCACUGUCAAGGAUGGACGCCAGCUAUAUCAGGAGAAGCAUGAUCCACCAUCUCUAUCCGAUGGGGUACAGCGGUUAAAAAACAUAGGUAGAGGCAGUAAGCAUCGCCUCCAUGAUGAAAAUGUUGGCACUGUAGAGGACUUUCUGGUUUUGCUCCUAAAAGACCGUGAGCGACUCAAAUGUGUACUUAAUCUAAAGCCAAAGAUGUUGGAGGAGACAAUUAGCCAUGCUCGAAGAUGCAUAAUUAAUGAACGGAUAUACUCUUAUGUUGACUUACGAGAAAAGGAAGGGGUGGUUUUUAACAUUGUUGGAGAGGUGCAGGGACUUAUUCUAGGGGUCCGAUAUCUACCUGUGCAUCAAUUAUCUGAAAGUGAUAAGGCUAAUUCUCAGAGGCUGCUGUUAUCUGCAUGUGAACACUGGGAUCAUGUGGUAGCAGUUGAUAAUGAGAUUUCUCUUUUGAAAUAUCUUUCUCAAAUAUUGCCAACCAUGAACCCUUCAAAUUCUCCAACCCGGGAGGUCGCUAGCACCAGUAACGGUGUUGAGAAUUUUGGAAUAAGUGAAGGACACUGUUCUACCUCUUUUCAGCGCAAUGGUUCAUCUGUCUUUCUUGCAAGAGGUAAUAGUGCUAUUAGUCUGGAUGAUUAUGGUUCCGCCAGUAUUAGUAAUCUGGAGUCCUGUAACUCCCCAAUAUAUAGUCCUUCAGUCCAAGAUUGGAUUGAUCUAUGCAACUACCGGUUUGACGACUUAGUCUCUGAAAUUGGAGCUCAUCAACCGCACAGUGCCUCUACCUCUAAUGUAAAUGUACAUAACCGGUGGAAAAUGUUGCUUAAAAUCUUCAGACAGUCCUCAAUGAGAAGAAGAGCUGCAGCAUUAACGGAUAUUCAACCUCUGAAGAAGCAGAAAGUCUUUUGAUUCUAUUGCUUUAGCCUGUCGAUAAACAGUUUGACAUCGGGUGUAUAUUUCCUUAGUGAUGUUGCUGCUUGCCAAAGUAUAUUAAUUACUAGUGAAGAAUGAGGUUUGACUAUUUUGGUUCUGCUAUGCUCUUGGUAAGACAUAUCUCAGAGCUCCUCAUCACAGACAAGGAAAGCAUAACCUUCCCCUUACAGAUUCUAGUCACUCAUUCGGGUGCAGUAGUAGCUGGGAUUCGCUGUUUCUAGAAGUCUUCAUUUCUUAACCUGUGCUUCACUUUGCAUUUCUCAAGUUAAUUUUAGAGUGAAUGUUGAGAGUUUAAUAUAGUUAUAUGUUCUCUGGUGUUUAGAUUCAUUUUAUAUCUUGGUUAAUUAUAUAGAAUAUUAUUAUUGAUGA